UUCUUCAAUUCCAACUAGCCGCUACUCCCAAAGUUCAAAAUUCCCCAAACCAAAACCCUCUCCCUCCGUCCUUCCUUCUUCUCCACUCCCCUCACCCUCCGUCGAUUCCGAUGGGAUCAACGGGAGACGUCCACGAUCGCCGCCUCAGCAUCAUCGACUUUGCCUCCGCCGACGAUUCGCUUCUCGAUCCCACCGCUGCCUCCGCCGCAAAACAAAGCCCCCUCCACCACCAAGAUUCAGAUAACCAAGAGCAACCUGAGUCAUGGUACACUCCCAAUUCGAAAAACUUCGAGGAUGCUGCUACCAAGGUUCAACAGUGGGAGCAGGAGCCUCUCACAUCUGGAGCAGGAAACACCAAGAACAAAACCAAGUGCAACUUGCGUAAGAGCUUAGCUUGGGACACUGCGUUUUUCACCAGUGCCGGGGUUUUGGACGCUGAGGAGUUGUCUAGUAUAAUUGAAGGGGUUGAGAAGGAACCGUUACCGGGGAUCGAAGAGGAUGUGUACAGGUCGUGUGAUUCCGUAUCUACGUUAGGGAGUGAUAGCUUGACCCUUGAAAGUGGUGAAAUCGAGGGUGAUUUGUUUGAGGAUGUAAGAGCUUCAAUUCAAAAAUCCAGUACCAAAUCGCAACUCGCAAGUGCGAAAACCAAAGUGGGCUCUUCCUCUGAACUGCCAGGGUAUCAAACUCGUGACCCUUCCAGAAAGGUUGGGUUGGUUUCUCGCAACAAGAUGAAGGCCCCACUUGCUUCUAAGAAUCCAAGUACUGGCAUGCAAGGAUCUGGGAAGAUGUCAAACAAAAGUAAUCCUGUUUUUCCACAACUUCCACAGAAGCCUAUUGCUCCAAGGAGGGAGUCAUCUAUUUCAAAGCAAUCCAAGAUACCAGGAAAGUUACCAAGUUCCACAAUUUCAUCCAAGAGAGUAUCGCUUGAUGUUAAAAGUGAAAAGGACAAGGCAAAGCGGACAGUUGGUGAUAGAGUCAGUUCAGUGCCAAAACCAUCCAUUAUUGGAGAUUCUCGAGGUAAUGCGCCUAAGCCUGGAGAUGCUCGAGGAAAUGUGCCAAAGCCAACACGGCCGUCUAAACUCCCUUCUGGUCCGGUGCGAUCAGUCAAGACAAAAUCAGCAACUUCAACAUCAUCUGCUAGUAGUAUGAAGCCACUCUCUUCUUCCACAGCUGUAAGAACGCCAUCAAGAAAUGCUCCCAGAAAUAAAACUGAACCCGGGAAUUCUAGUCUCUCAGGCUUGAUGUCUUCCAGCAAGCUUUCUUCUAGUAUUUCACCCGCUAGCUCUAUCAGUGACUGGUCUUCAGAGUCAUCCUCAUCAUUUUCUAUGGCUAAACUUGUGUGUAAUAGUUCAAGGUCCAGUAUUGAGAGUACCUCUAGCAGAAAGAUUUUUUCAGACACUAAUGCAGAUCAAGAUAUGAAUUCUCAGAUUACUCAUAGUGUUUCUAGUAUAGAAAGGCAGGAGGCCCAGCAUACUGGGUUUAUCAAUCAAAGUGCAAGGGCUGCUCCUGGAGCAACAGUUGUUCCGCCUGCUCCUGGGAAACCUUCAGGCCUUCGACUGCCUUCACCUAAGAUUGGUUUCUUUGAUGGGGUGAAAUCCUCGUCGCGCACUCCACGGGGAGUAACCCAAUCCCAUUCUGUGCCUGUGGUACCUCGUGGCUUACCAAAACAGGGAAAAGGAAGUCCAAGUGAUAGCCAAAACAAAACGAAGCCCGGAAAGCUGCAAACUGCUAGAUCUAUCACAUCAAUUGAAGACAUAGACCCCAACAACAGCCAACAAAAUUCACAUACAAAUCCUUUUCAUGAAUCAUUAGAUGUUGCAGUUAACACAUCUGGUGUAGUGCAGAAUGUCAAAAGCUCUUCUGACAUGCCCAUGGGUACAUCAACUUCCAAUCUAAUGGAGAGGACUCAUUAUGAUUUGCAUCCACUAAAAGGUGUCAACAACCAGGAUACUGCUCAUUAUGAUUAUCAAGUUGAUUGUUUGACUAAGCAAGUUGGACUUAUAGACAUAAAUUCCGAGACUGAUGGCAGCUUCUCAGGUAAAUCCAAUGGUCUUGGUCUGGAGCUCUCAAGUCAUAAGGAGCUGUUUGAUUGUCCUGCAAAAAAUGGAUUAUUGAAAGGUUCAUCUACUCCAGGUCUUUCUGUUUCCCCAGGAAGUUUUGAUUUGGCAGCUUCAAUAAGGAGACCGUUUGCAGUCAAAGAUUCCUUUUGCAAUAUGGAUGGCAGUGUUUUUGCAGAAUCAACAGUUGUUUCAGAGGUAAAACCAACCAACUUACCUGUGCCUGAGAGCAUUCAGAGAGAAAACAACUGAGUUGAUUUAAAUAUUUAAUCUAGGUGAACUACACAUUCUGAUUGAGUUAGCUGCUUUGAGAUGCAAGUGCUACUAUAGAAGUCUUGAUCUUGAUGUACGGUGUCCAUGUCAUGAAUAGAAAGUCUUUAUCAAUUUGAAGUACAUGUUCUACUAUUUACCUAUA